UUACUUUCAAUGGCGGAACCACCUCGUCCAUCAAAGCGCCCUAAAAUCACCAGGGGGGAGGAUGAUUAUAUGCCUGGAAACAUUAUAGAGAUAGAACUUCAUAAUUUCAUGACAUUUGAUUACCUAAAAUGUAAACCUGGACCUCGGUUGAAUCUUGUAAUUGGUCCCAAUGGUUCUGGAAAGAGUUCUCUUGUAUGUGCAAUUGCUCUUGGCCUAUGCGGCGAGCCCCAGUUGCUUGGGCGAGCCACGUGUGUUGCAGAAUUUGUGAAGGAGGGAAAAGAGUCCGGCCACAUUAAGAUUACCUUAAGAGGGGAGCAUAUAGGGGAUCACAUUACAAUUAUGCGUAAAAUCAAUAUCAGCCGCAAGUCCGAAUGGUUUUUAAACGGAAAUAUUGUGUCCAAAAAGGACGUGGCUGAAACCAUUCAGAGGUUUAACAUCCAAGUAAAUAAUUUGACUCAAUUUUUACCGCAAGACAGGGUCUGUGAGUUUGCAAAGUUAACUCCCGUGCAACUUCUGGAAGAGACCGAAAAGGCUGUUGGUGAUACGCAGCUUCCUGAGCAACAUCGUGCACUGAUUGAUAAAAGUCGUGCAUUGAAGCAUGUUGAACUAUCUCUUGAGAAAAAUGAAGGAACUUUGAAUCAGUUGAAGGAACGUAAUGCUGAGUUAGAGAAGGAUGUUGAACGUGUUCGUCAAAGAGAUGAACUUCGUGCCAAGGCAAAAUUAAUGGAAAAGAAAUUGCCAUGGUUGAAGUAUGAUAUGAAGCAGGCCGAAUAUCGUGAAGCUAAGGAGCGUGAGAAGACUGCCGCAAAGGAAUCUGAGAAGGCUAACAAAUUAUUAAAUGAACUUAAAGAACCUAUCAAGAAACAAAAUGAUGAGAAAGAUGCAUUAGCUGAAAAAUGGAGAAAGGUUAGCGACCGACUAAUUGAGAAUGCAGAUAAGAGAAAGGGACUAUUGGAGAAAGAGAGCCAAUUGGAAGUGGAAUUACAAGGAAAUUACAAAGAGAUGGAUGAGUUGAGAAGGCACGAAGAAACUCGGCAGCAGAAACUUAGAAAAGCUAGGGAUGAACUUUCUGCUGCUGAACUUGAACUUGAGAGUCUAAACCAUUAUGUACCUCCCACGGAUGAGAUUAAUAGACUGAUAGAUGAAAUUGUGGAGUCGGAAAGUUCUGCUAAUCAAGUGGGAGAAAAUAAGUCACUAUCAGAAAAACUAAUUAAACGAAAAAACUUCUCCUUGAAGAAUUGUAAAGACAGGUUGAAGGAAAUGAGUAAAAAAAGUUACAAGUGUUUACUUGCAUUGAAAAAUUCUGGGGUUAAAGAAAUAUUUGAAGCUGAAAAAUGGGUCCAAGAGCAUCGUCAUGAAUUCCACAAGGAGGUUUAUGGCCCAGUUUUAGUUGAGGUAAAUGUCCCAGAUCAGUCUCAUGCUAAAUAUCUAGAGGGUCAACUUGCUUGGUACACUUGGAAGUCUUUUAUAACACAGGAUCCUCGUGAUCGAGACUUUUUGGUGAACAACCUACAACAUUAUGAUGUGCCGGUUUUAAAUUAUACUGGUCGUGAUAGCCAACAAAGAGAGCCUUCUGAAAUUUCUCCUGAAAUGCGUGCUAUUGGUAUUCAUUUCCGUUUGGACCAAAUUUUUGAUGCUCCUGAUGCUGUCAAGGAGGUGUUGAUUAGCCAAUCUAAACUUGAUCAUUCGUUUAUUGGAUCAGAAGAAACUGAUCAGAAAGCCGUUGAGGUCCCAAACUUGGGAAUUUCUAGUUUAUGGACACCUGAGAAUCACUAUUACUGGUCGAAGUCUAGAUAUGGAAAUCAUGUCUCAGCGAUUGUUGAGCAAUUGCAACGCCCGAAACUUCUAGUGAAUAAUUUAAAUGUGAGGGACAUUGAGAAUCUGAGCCAGGAAAGGGAGCUGCAAGAACAAAUUGCUCACCUGGAGGAAAAUAUCAAAAGGUUUCAAGAUGAGGAGAAAAGAUUAAGGAAUCAGGCUGCUAAUCUUCGUAAACAGAAGGAGGACCUUAGUACGAGAGCACUGAAUGAGCAAGAAAAACAACAGGCAAUAAUUAGGCGUAUUGAACAAAAGAAAGUGAUACUGAAAUCGAUGGAAGAGCAGGAUGAUUUAGAUACCGGGUUAGCAAAGCUUGCUGAUCAGGCAACGAAAUGUAACAUUUUGCGAUUCCAUAAUGCAAUUAAAGUUAAGGAUCUUCUUGUUGAAGCUGCGCGUUACGGACGAAGUUAUGUUGUACAGGGAAUGGCUUUCAUUGAAUUUGCUGCAAAGAUUGGAGACAUGGAGGCCAAUCUGAAGCAGCAUGAAAAUUUUGCCCGUCAAGCAUCAGAGCACUUUAAUAAAUCUAAGAAAGAAGCUGAAGAAUGUAAACAGAAGCUUACAGAUUUAUUAAACAAUGCUAAAUCAAUUGCCCCUCUUACACCUGACCUACAGAAGGAAUUUCUCGAGAUGCCUACUACAAUUGAGGAGUUGGAAGCAGCUAUCCAAGAUACAACAUCUCAAGCUAAUUCAAUGCUUUUUAUGAAUCCUCACAUAUUGCAACAAUAUGAGGAUCGUCAAAGACAGAUAGAAGAUCUUGCAAAAAAACUUGACAUGGACAAGAAGGAAGCUACAAAGUGUCGUUCUGAAUUGGAAACCAUUAAGGAAAAGUGGCUUCCAACUCUCAGAAAUCUUGUGGCUCAGAUAAAUGAAACUUUUAGUCGAAAUUUUCAACAGAUGGCUGUUGCCGGAGAAGUUUCACUAGAUGAGCAUGAUAUGAACUAUGAUCAAUUUGGAAUACUUAUAAAAGUCAAAUUCAGAGAAAAUGGACAGCUUAAAGUUCUCAGUGCCCAUCAUCAAUCUGGAGGGGAGCGAUCAGUUUCAACAAUUGUUUAUCUUGUUUCCCUUCAAGAUCUUACAAACUGCCCAUUUCGAGUUGUUGAUGAGAUUAACCAAGGCAUGGACCCAAUAAAUGAAAGGAAGAUGUUUCAGCAACUAGUGAGAGCAGCAAGCAAGCCAAAUACACCACAGUGUUUCUUACUUACACCAAAGCUGUUACCAGAUCUGCAAUAUAGUGAGGCAUGCAGUAUAUUGAAUGUAAUGAAUGGCCCUUGGAUUGAGCAACCCUCAAAGGCCUGCGCUAGUGGUGAUCGAUGGAGUAUUAUCACUGGACAUGUUGGAGAGAUUUCAUGUUAAAGUAAAAAAACAGUAUGGAGUUGCAGCGAUGCAGAGCAGUAGCGCUUAUUUAGCAUUUUGUAUAGUUUUUUGGAGAAAGUUUUAGCCUGCAAUCGGGUGAACUUGCUUUUGUUUCAUUGAUUGGAUUUGAACGUGUACCUAUAAGAAUGUAAAAAUAUCUUUCCUAUUUGUUUUUGCUAUUAUGAGGAUUAAAACCGUUGUUCCUACUAUUGCUUGUACAAGGGGUUCUUUUUCUUCGUCAAGAUAUAACGGUAAGGUUUGUAAUUGUAACAUAUAAUGUAUUAAUUAUAUAUGCGAUAAGGUGGUUGAAGGAUUU